AUGGGAUGGAUGGGAUGGGAUGGAGGGACGGAGGGAGGAUGGGAUGGGAUGGGAUGGGAUGGAGGGACGGAGGAGGAUGGGAUCGGAUGGGAUGGGAUCGGAUCAGAUGGGAUGGAGGGACGGAGGGAGGAUGGGAUGGGAUGGGAUGGGGGAUGGAGGGACGGAGGGAGGAUGGGAUCGGAUGCGAUGGGAUCGGAUCAGAUGGGAUGGAGGGACGGAGGGAGGAUGGGAUGGGAUGGGAUGGGAUGGAGGGACGGAGGGAGGAUGGGAUGGGAUGGGAUGCGAUGGGAUGCGAUGGGAUGGGAUGGGUUGGGUUGGGUUGGGUUGGGUUGGAUGGAGGGACGGAGGGAGGAUGAGAUGGAAUGGGAUGGGAUGGGAUGCGGAUGUGGAAUCGACGUCGAGAAAGGGACGGGGAUGGAGACGUGCAUAUGUAUGUCAAUGGGGACUAGGGUGGGGACGAGGAAGCGGACGUGGACGUGGACGUGGACGUGGACGUGGACGUGGAUUGGGAUUGGGGAUGGGGAUAAGGAUGUGAAUAGGGAUAGUGUCCUGGGAUAG